CGGUGGAAAGAGCAGCUUCAGACUGUGAGUAGGAUAAGAAGGACUCUUUAGCUCCAGCCUUCAGACGCCAGCGUAUGUGGUGAGCUACUGAAAUUCGAGAGGUACGCGAGGAGACAAUAUCUGAAACGCAACUCUGAGCUGCUAAGCAGAAAGAACAAAAGUGUGGACAUAAACUUGCAGUACAGUGGAUGUAAAGAUAACUCAGCACACAAGGCUGCACAGAUUCAUAGGAAUGUAUCAAAAAAGGCAAAAAGUAGAGCGUCUUCGGCGAUGUCAAUCCACCUUUCUACGAUUCAUCUUGAUAUUAGAAAUUUUAACUGGGAAGCACACUGCCCUGGGAUCUGAUUUGCUUCCAGAUCCUCAAUUGACAGCAACUCCAUCAUGGAAUAUUUCCAGUGAUGCAGACAAAGAUUAUUUCUUGAAGCUGGAAGCCCCGAUGAACAACAUCACUACAUCUCAGGGCCAGACUGCAGAGCUGCACUGUAAGGUGUCAGGGAACCCCACUCCUGUCAUCCGAUGGCUCAAGAAUGAUGCCCCGGUAGUCCAGGAGCCCAGGAGGGUAUCCUUUCGUGCCACCAGCUACGGCUCCCGGCUCAGGAUCCGCAAUCUUGACACGACAGACACCGGCUACUUCCAGUGCGUUGCCACCAACGUCAAGGGCACCGUGUCCACAACCGGAGUCCUCUUUGUCAAGUUCGGCCUAGUUUCACCCCCGAACCCAGGAAAACCUUUGCCGGAUGAGUACGAUGAGGAAGGAUUCUGUCAGCCCUACAGAGGCAUCGCUUGUGCAAGGUUCAUUGGCAACCGGAGUAUUUUUGUGGAUUCACUACAAAUGCAGGGUGAAAUUGAAAAUCAGAUAACAGCGGCUUUCACGAUGAUCGGCACCUCCAGCCAUCUGUCAGACAGGUGCUCCCAGUUCGCCAUUCCCUCCCUCUGCCACUUCGCCUUCCCCUUCUGCGACAGGACAUCCGGAGUGGACAAGCCCCGCGACCUGUGCAAGGAUGAGUGCGAGAUCCUGGAAAACGACCUCUGCAAGACGGAGUACAUCAUCGCCAGAUCCAACCCCGUCAUUCUCAAGAGGCUCAAGCUGCCCAACUGCGACGACCUUCCUGCCUCCGACAGCCGCGAAGCAGCCAAUUGCAUGAGGAUUGGGAUCCCCAUGGCGGAGCCCAUUAAUAAGAAUCACAAGUGCUACAACAGCUCUGGUGUUGAGUAUCGGGGGACCGUCAGUGUUACCAAGUCAGGACUGCAGUGCCAGCCCUGGAACUCCCAGUACCCCCACAGCCACACCUUUUUAGCAGUGAGGUACCCAGAGUUGAAUGGGGGGCACUCGUACUGCCGGAACCCUGGCAGCCAGCAUGAGGGUCCCUGGUGCUUCACCCUAGACGACUCUGUCAGGAUGGAGCUGUGUGAAAUCCCAGUCUGUGACUUCAAGGAGAGCAGUAAGAUGGGGAUCCUCUACAUCCUGGUGCCGAGCGUUGCCAUUCCUUUGGCCAUAGCCCUGCUGUUCUUCUUCAUCUGCGUCUGCCGCAACAACCAGAAGACCUCAAGGCCCCCAGCCCAGAGGCAGCCCAAACCAGUACGCGGCCAAAACGUUGAGAUGUCCAUGCUGAAUACGUAUAAGCCUAAGAGCAAAGCCAAGGAGUUGCCCCUGUCAGCCGUACGCUUCAUGGAGGAGCUUGGCGAGUGUACCUUUGGGAAGAUCUACAAGGGACACCUCUACCUACCCGGUAUGGACCACGCCCAGCUGGUCGCCAUUAAGACCCUGAAGGACUAUUCCAACCCCCAGCUGUGGGGCGAGUUCCAGCAGGAGGCUUCCCUCAUGUCAGAGCUUCACCACCACAACAUGGUGUGCCUCCUGGGUGUGGUGACGCAGGAGCAGCCCAUUUGCAUGCUCUUUGAGUUCUUGAACCAGGGCGACCUGCACGAGUUCCUCAUCAUGCGUUCCCCCCACUCGGACGUGGGCUGCAGCAGCGACGAAGACGGCACUGUCAGGUCCAGCCUAGACCACGGGGACUUCCUGCACGUGGCCAUCCAGAUCGCGGCAGGCAUGGAGUACCUGGCCAGCCACUUCUUUGUCCACAAAGACCUGGCCGCUCGCAACAUCCUGGUCGGGGAGCAGCUCCAAGUCAAGAUCUCCGACCUUGGCCUGUCGCGGGAAAUCUAUGCCUCGGAUUAUUACAGAGUCCAGCCCAAGUCUCUCUUGCCCAUCCGGUGGAUGCCACCGGAGGCCAUUGUGUAUGGGAAGUUUUCCACGGACUCGGACAUUUGGUCCUUCGGUGUCGUUCUGUGGGAGAUAUUCAGCUUUGGCCUGCAGCCCUAUUAUGGCUUCAGCAACCAGGAAGUGAUCGAGAUGGUGAGGAAACGGCAGCUGCUACCCUGCCCAGAGGACUGCCCCCCCAGGAUGUAUGGCCUGAUGACAGAAUGCUGGCAGGAGAACCCCUCAAGGAGGCCACGGUUCAAGGACAUCCACACCCGGAUGAGAACCUGGGAGGGCAUCUCCAGCCACGCCAGCUCCACCACGCCCUCCGGUGGAAACGCCACAACGCAGACCACCUCCCUGAGCGCCAGCCCAGUGAGCAACCUCAGCAAUCCCCGCUACGCCAACUACAUUCACAUUCCACAGGGGAUACCACAGGGUCAGAUUGCAGGAUUCAUGACGGCCCAGAUGCCUCAGAAUCAGAGAUUCAUCCCGGUAAACGGGUACCCCAUUCCAACUGGCUAUGCCGCCUUUCCCGCUGCCCAUUUCCAACCCCAGGGCCCACCGCGGGUUAUCCAGCAUUGUCCACCCCCCAAGAGCCGUUCCCCCAGCAGCGCCAGUGGCUCCACCAGCACGGGUCAUGUGACAAGCGUGCCCUCCACAGGGUCCAAUCAUGACGCAAACACGCCCUUGCUGGCCCACUGUAUGACCCUUUCCAAUCUCCCUAGUGGGGCUGCUGUGCCUGUAUUUGGACACAUGAAUCAAAAGCCUAUGCCAAUAGACCCUACGCAGGCUACUUUGUUAUCGGACUCAAAUAGACACAUGUACAGCGAAUCUGUAAUUACUGCAGAUCUGUAAACAGUCUCUUUAUUUUUUUAAUUCGUAUUAUUAUUUUAACUUUCAUGUGUAAAUAUAUAAACCUGAAUGACAUGUAAAGAUUUAUAUUCAGAAAUGUUUUAUAAUGAAAGACUUUUUUUUUUCAUAAAGCCUGUCUAAUAGUGUCCUCGCAGACAUCACCAGCGCCCUUCACAGUUUCGCUGUGAAUAAACAACACCAGGUGCUAGCUUUUUGCUUGAAACUGUCUCCUGAACAAGACUAUCAGCUGUUACAGCCUAAACGUUUCACAGUUUCACAUCUUUAAAAGCGAUUUCGUUGUGAAAAACUAACUAGAAAAUCAUAGUGGUAUUUCCCCAGUACCACUGGUCUUACUGUUAGGUCUUUUUGUGUCACCUGAUCAAAUUCCUGUUAUUCUUUCUGCAUCAAUUUGUAUAUUUCACACAUUUUCACUGUUGCAACUGUUGCAGGAAUUCUUAAAAGACAACUGCAAGGUUGUUGCCAAAAAGCAUACAAGAGAAAACAAUUUUGAUCACUAAUAUUGAUCCAAUAGAGAUUCCAGUGCCUUUUCUAAUCUUGAGAUUUGAAUAGUCAGCUCACAGACCAUUUUACUGGAAGUGGCGGUUCACAUAUUUAACAAAAUCUACGCAAAUUCUGGAACACAUAUUGUUGUGUUGCGGGAAACACACCAACGUAAUGAUUUUGUUUUAAAUCUUUACCUUUACCUUAAUGAGGUAAAGUCCUCAUAACUGUUAUGUCAAUAAGCUAUUCCUCUCUUUCUUUCACUACCAGCCUCUUUUUCUCAGCUAUGCAACAUAUAGGCAUAAUACUGGCAGUCUUGUCUUUCAAUUGGUGCUUAAUGAUUACUGUUAAUGAAGAAAAGUGGGUCUAACAGUUCUGUAUAAAAAGUGUGAUUCAUUAGAAUUUCAUAGUCUAUAAUAUAAUGAAUGUUCUUUGUCAAUAGCUGUAUUGCCUUAAGCAGAAUACAGGGAGAUUGCUGAAGUAUUGAACUAUAUUUAGGUUAAAUCCUUUAUACGUUUAUUUUCAAAGGAUUUACAUAAGCAGCUGUAUUUCAUUCUUUGAAUAUAUUUGUUGCUAUGCAACUAUUUAACACAAAAAACACCCAAAAUCCAUUUGUAUAGAAGACAAUCACUUGUACAGUGCAGUUCAUCAGGGUACAAUAUUAAACUGAAGAAAAGAACAUUAAAAACCUGCUGUGGUCAACAAGCUGUCUCUGGGAUUUGUUUUUUUACAGUGAUUACAAGUUACUUCAAUGGGAUAAAACAUGUUUAAAAAGUCCAGGGCAGUCGAUCCAGUUUGUUAGAAAUUCUUCUCUUUGAAGUUUUUGAAAACAGUUUUUACCUACCUAGGUAUCUGCAGUUUUAUACAGGUAUCCUCUGCUUUUUAAUAGAAAUGUACUCCAGUUAAAACCACUUUUAACAGAAGACUGUGAAUCUAGUGCCAGAUGUUUUGUGCCUUUGCAAAAUGUUUUAAUUAUACUGUAUUUUUAGAAACAGUCUUUUGUAGUAUCUUAUAGAAUUCAGUUUGCUGAUACUUACAAAAAGGUUUACAACAUCCAGAUUGUAUUGAACAAGAGGCCUUUUUUGUAUUUGUGAGAUCUUUGCACAAUUUUUUUUGUACGGCAAAAAAAUAAAUAAAUAACAUCG